AUGGCGUUCACAUUGAACCCCAUCGCUAUUGCCAAUAGUAUUGUGGAGAUGGGUGACCCCAGGACGAGAGACUAUCCCCUAGUGUUAAACCCCCUCUUCGUUUUUCCUCUCGUGGUUUCCUACUUGUACUUUGUCAAGAUUGCCGGGCCACGUUGGAUGAAGGAUCGUAAGCCAUUCGAUAUCAUAAACAUCGUGCGCUGCUACAACCUGUUCAUGGUCGUUGUCGCUGCCGUAUUCCUCUACUUGCACCUGAAGAUGACGUACCUUCCUGGAGGCCGGUACAGCCUGUGGUGCCAGGGGAUCACCGGCGAAAGUGACGACGAACUCGAGCAGUACUACAAGUACGGGUGGUUCUUCAUCGCCGUGCGCUACGCAGAUCUCCUGGACACGGUGUUCUGCGUGUUGCGCAAGAAGUUCAAUCAGAUUACGCACUUGCACGUAAUUCAUCACACCAUGGUGACCGUGAACGUCUGGUAUUAUGCCCUGUUUGCACCCGAAGGCCAGCCAGCCCUCGGCUUGGCCAUGAACACAUUCGUGCAUGUAGUGAUGUAUUUUUACUAUUUCCUAGCUACGCUGGGUCCGAGGGUUCGCAAGCACCUGUGGUGGAAGAAGUACUUGACAACUCUGCAGAUCGUACAGUUCGUGAUUGCUAUCUUUCACAUCUCAAUACCCCUUUUUGUUGACUGUGGAUUUCCAAAGUCUAUCAUAAUCUCGGGCAGCCUACAGACAUUUGUCCUGUUAUGUUUUUUUGUCAAUUUCUACAUCAAGGCUUAUAUGCAGAAGGGUUGUUACUUGAAACCUCCGCCAGAGGCCCUGAACGACCAUUGUGCAAAGGACGCUGAAAAGAAUGGCAAGAAAGAUUAG